UUAAAUUGCUUCCUUUAUUGGUGAUUCGAGGAUCAAUGCUACAUAUUCAUUUCACUUCUGAAUGACUUUGGGAUAUACAGUUUUUCAAAAUGUUAUUGUGGUUUCUGGUUUUUCAACUAGUUCUUGUGGGUUCAUAUGGACAUUUUAUGGAAAGAUUUUGGAAAUCUGACACUUGCGGUGAAUCAUCAUCGUCAUUCAGACAAGAAGAAAACAAAGAGGGAUAUAUCAUUGGAGGAAGAGAUGCUAUAAAAGGCGAAUUUCCAUGGCAGAUAUCAUUACAACGACAUUUUGAGAGAAACAAUGGUAUUUAUCACAUUUGCGGAGGGACAAUUAUUGCCAAAAAAUGGGUACUAACUGCUGCACAUUGCAUAAACCUGUAA